CUUGAAAGCCGCUUAUAAUAUUUUCCAAAUUCUACAAAAUAAAAACAGUGAAAAAGUGUUAAAAUCAUGGCCUUAGCUGAAAUUUGUAAUAUAUCAAAUGCACCCUACAUGAAAUCGCGUAAUUUUACGCCUUCCGAUUUCGAAAACGAUUGCCAGCAGUAUACCUCAAAUUUGCUCAAUCCAUAUGCCUUGUCCGCACCACCAUUCGAAAAUCCCAUUGAGAAUUUGUGCAAAAUCCAAGCCAGCAGUGAUAAGAGUGGCAUUAAAAUCGAUUUUGAUCAUGGUACCACCACAUUGGGUUUCAAAUAUCAAGGUGGCGUAAUAUUGGCCGUAGAUUCUCGUGCCACCGGCGGCCAGUUCAUUGGUUCACAAACUAUGAAGAAAAUUGUGGAGAUUAAUCAAUAUUUAUUGGGUACAUUGGCGGGUGGUGCAGCCGAUUGUGUGUACUGGGAUCGUGUGUUGGCCAAGGAAUGCCGUUUGCAUGAAUUGCGCAACAAAGAACGUAUCUCUGUGGCGGCCGCUAGUAAAAUUAUGGCUAAUAUUGCCCAUGAAUACAAAGGUAUGGGUUUGAGUAUGGGCAUGAUGAUGGCCGGCUAUGAUAAACGUGGUCCCGGUUUGUACUAUGUGGAUUCGGAAGGCUCAAGAACUCCCGGUAAUGUUUUCUCUGUCGGCAGUGGUUCGAUUUAUGCUUUUGGUGUUUUGGAUUCCGGCUACCAUUGGGAUUUGAAGGAUGAGGAAGCUCAAGAAUUGGGCAGACGUGCUAUUUAUCAUGCCACCUACAGAGAUGCCUACUCCGGCGGUAUUGUACGUGUCUAUCACAUGACUCCCAAUGGUUGGAUUAACAUUUCCAAUACUGAUUGCAUGGAACUGCAUUACAAGUAUGAAGAGGAGAAGAAAAAUAAACACUAAAUUGGAGGAUGGUAUUGUAGGAGUUCUGAUGUGAAUUAAAUUCAUUUUUUAUUUUAUAAAAUACAAAUAAUAAAUAAAAAAAACAUGGUAAUUUUGUAAUAACCAUAAGAAAA